ACUUUUAUUUUCAAUCUUUUCUGAUAAUAAUUCCAAGUGGGUUCUGUUCAAAUUUGAAACUCUUGUUCCCAUUUGGCUUUGAUUUGGGUCAAUUUUUCUAAAAAAUGAAUCAUGUGGGACGCAAGAUAUAUUGAUGUUUGAAGUUUCAACCAACCAACCAAGCUUCAUCCAGCCUGGUUUUUGAGAGGAACAACCGGUUUCUUUCUCGCCCACCUUUAUUAGUGGGUUUUAAAAUUACGAUGAAAGUCAACUAUUUAAAUUGCCAAGUUGAUACCUCAAUCUUAAAGUUGUUGGUGAUUUUCAACCCAUGGAGUUGAAGAAAAAAGUCAAAUGCUUGAGAGACAGAGAGGCAAAGAGAGUUAAGAUACAAUUCUCCUUUUUUGGAGGCUGAGAUUGAUAUGAAAAGAACCAACACUGUAGGGAGAUACAGAAGGGGUUGGUAAUGGGUAGAAUGUUCAAAACCCAGAGAGUUUUGUGUCUGUAAAUAAAAAUUUUAUGUGUCUUGCAGUCGAUCUGAUAAAACAAAAAAUGGAGAGGUAUCUGGGCUUCUUUUAAGACCCUUGCGGAGGGGGCGUUUGUGUGCAUUUGUUUUCCCUGUCUGUUUGGUAUGAUGGGUGGGGUUCUUACCAUUACCCUCCUCUUCUGUAACUUGCUACUUCUUCUUGAUCCUUCACUAUCACAUCCUUUAUGUACUGAUUCAAGAGCCCCUUUUACCCUGAAGACCCCCUUGAACUUUUGUCCUUACAAUGGAAGUGUAUGCUGCAACUCUACUGAAGACUUGCAAUUGAGGAAGCAAUUUCAAGCAAUGAACAUCUCUCAUCAAGGCUGUGCUUCUCUUCUGAAAUCAAUCCUUUGUGCGAGGUGUGACCAAUUCUCAGCACAACUAUUUAGAGGUGAUUCCAUAUCUGAACCUGUUCCUGUGCUUUGCAACUCUACUUUUCCACUGAAUACAUCUCAGUCUAGCUCGGCAUUGAAUGGCUUCUGCUCAGAAGUAUGGGAUACAUGUCAAAAUGUAUCUAUAUUGAAUUCUCCCUUUGCAACCUCACUGCAAGGUCAAUCUGGAGAAACAGCUGGUUCCAAUUUUACCAAACUGACUGAACUCUGGCAGUCAAAAACUGAUUUCUGUAAUGCAUGUGGUGGAGCUUCUAUUAAUGGAUCACUAUGCUUUGAUGGUGGACCAGUUGUACUGAAUAACACUGGCACUCCAACCCCUCCAAAUGGAUUGUGCCUAGAGAAAAUUGGAAAUGGAUCUUACAUCAAUAUGGUUGCCCAUCCUGAUGGGUCCAACCGUGCCUUCUUCUCUGACCAACCUGGUAAGAUUUGGUUGGCAACUGUACCCAAAGAGGGAGCAGGAGGAGAACUGGAACUUGAUGAAGCCAAUCCCUUUCUAGAUCUAACUGAUGAAGUUCAUUUUGAUGCUGAAUUUGGAAUGAUGGGCAUGGCGUUUCAUCCAAAUUUUGUGCAGAAUGGCCGCUUCUUUGCUUCAUUCAAUUGUGAUAAGAUUAAGUGGCCAAGAUGUUCAGGAAGAUGUUCAUGUAAUUCUGAAGCGAACUGUGAUCCUUCAAAGCUACAGCCUGAUAACAAUGCCAGUCCAUGCCAAUAUCAUAGUGUUAUCGCAGAGUUCACCACUAAUGGUACCGCAUUGCAGGCUUCCUUGGCAACAGUUGCCAAACCAUCCGAAGUGAGAAGGAUAUUUACUAUGGGCCUUCCAUUUACAUCUCAUCAUGGCGGACAAAUUCUCUUUGGACCAGACGGGUAUUUGUACUUUAUGAUGGGGGAUGGUGGAGGGUCUGGUGAUCCUUACAAUUUUGCCCAAAACAAGAAAUCAGUUCUUGGAAAGAUUAUGAGGCUUGACAUCGAUAUCAUAUCAAGUGCAGCAGAAAUAAGUAAUCUUAGCCUAUGGGGAAACUACUCUAUUCCAAAGGAUAAUCCAUUCACCGAAGAUGAGGGAUUACUUCCAGAAAUAUGGGCCAUGGGAUUAAGAAAUCCUUGGCGUUGCAGUUUUGACUCGGAGAGGCCUUCUUACUUUAUGUGUGCAGAUGCUGGACAGGAUGAAUAUGAGGAAGUAGAUAUCAUCACCAAGGAUGGAAACUAUGGCUGGCGUGUUUAUGAGGGCCCCAAUCUAUACACUCCUCGAGAAUCACCUGGAGGAAAUACAUCUGCAAAUUCCAUAAAUGCAAUUUUUCCGGUGAUGGGUUACUAUCAUGAUGUAAACGUGAAUGAAGGAUCAGCGUCUAUCACUGGGGGCUAUUUCUAUCGAUCAAUGACUGAUCCAUGCAUGCACGGAAGGUACUUGUUUGGAGAUUUAUAUGCCCAUGCCAUAUGGGCUGGCACUGAAAACCCUGAAAAUAGUGGGAACUUCACCAUGAGCCAGAUUCCUUUCAGUUGUGCUCAUGACUCUCCUAUACAAUGCAGUUCUGUGCCAGGAUCUUCUCUUCCGGCUUUGGGUUACAUUUUCUCAUUUGGGGAGGACAACAAUAAGGAUAUUUUUCUCCUAACAAGCAGUGGUGUAUAUAGAGUUGUUCGUCCAAGUCGCUGCAAUUACACUUGCUCAAAAGAAAAUGCAACUGCUACUGCAAGCCCAAGUCCUGCCCCAUCCUCACCUUCUUCACAGGUAAGUUGGUUGAAUCACCCAUAUAAGAUUUUUUUGCUACUAUUCCCAUCUCUGUCGUUUCUUGUGCUGUUUUCUGUCUAGCAUGUUGUAAUGUCUACUACAUAGAAUGAGGGUUUUGUGUUAAUUACAUGAGCUUCUUGUAACAUGGAACUCCCUUCUCAUUCUUUCGAUUUUGGGAACUGAUCAAAUGAUGUAUCAAUUGCAUUUGAAAUUUUGGCUUCUGUACAUGGUAAA